CUAUGAUCUGUCGUUUAGUUCUCAGUAUUUUUUCAUAAAAAUAAAUGCUAAGUUUAUAAAAAUAAUAAACAAUGGAAGAUGUUCUUGACGAAAUUGUUUCUCCUGCAGAUUUGAAAAAAUUCGAAAAGGAAUAUCACGAGCAAUUGCAUUUGCAGAAUGUAACUCCAAAAGCACAAUUCGAAUACGCUUGGUGUCUAGUUAGAAGCAAAUUUCCAGCAGAUAUUAGAAAAGGAAUAGUACUCCUCGAAGAUUUGUACCAGAAUCAUCCUGAAGGUAAAAGGGAUUAUUUAUAUUACUUAGCAAUUGGAAAUGCUAGAAUAAAAGAAUAUUCUACAGCAUUGAGAUAUGUCCGUGGAUUUCUGCAAUUAGAACCAGCUAACCAACAAGUUACCUGCCUCGAGACUGUAAUAAAGAAGAAAAUGGAAAAAGAGGGCCUUAAAGGCAUGGCAUUAGCAGGUGGGGCAGUCCUUGCCAUAGGAGGUCUUGUUGGACUUGGAAUUGCUUUAUCAAAAAAGUAGACACUAAAAAUUAAUUUGUAUAUAGAAUGUUUGUAAGGUCUUUGUGAUUAAGAA